ACUGGGCCUUCGGUCUGUUUUCAGUAGUCGGAGAGGAAGAAAAAUGGCGGCUGCGACCGAUCAGAAGCGGGACGCCAACUAUUCGUUUUGAGCUUUCUCACGUAAACCGAGACCGGGGCUUUACGGGACUACUUCUUUGGAAUCUACGCAAAUCAAGCUUUCUGGCGGUACCCGUUUUUCUKGKUUCUGUGAAGGCUAAAUAAACGCAGAAAUUGAAAUWGAAAAUAAUAGCUUUUAUAUAUAAUGAGGGGGAAAAGAGGCAGGCCGCCCAAAACCCUGCGGAUGCAGGAGCCUUCAUCCGAGCCGGAGCGUGGCUUGAGACCCAGGAGGGAGUUGAGGGCAAAGGGGAGAGGUAGUGCCGAGGUCGAUUUUGAGAGUCCCAAGAGGGGAAAUAACUCUUCRUCKAGGGGCAGRAGRAAAGUGGGAUCAUCUCGCGGUAGGGGAAGAGGCAGAGGUGGUGGUGGCAGAGGUACUAGGGGCAGACGGUCAAUCGCUAGAUCUGUGGUUUAUGAUGAUCAUGAAAGUGAUGAAGAUGAUGAUGCUGUGAGUUUGAGAUCUGAGGAGGACGAGUURAUAGAGGAAGAGACGAUAACAGACGAGGAAGAAGAGGCCCUCAACGAGGAGUCAGACCCGCUUGAGGAAAUACUCGAGGAGGAUGAUGAUGCCAGCUACUGUACUGAAAGCAGCUUUCGGAGUCAGAGCACUCAUGGCAGCACUCCGGGGCGGAAGAGGACGCGGGUGCACUGCCCUCGCUCGCCCAUCUUUGAGGAAAAGGAGAUCCCUCCUCUGGAGCUGCCCAGAACCUCUAAGGACCUCACGGUGCCCAGCGAGGAACUGCUCAACGUGUCCUCCAUCUACGAGGUCCUGCGCAACUUCAGCACGGUGCUGCGGCUCUCUCCCUUCCGCUUUGAGGACUUCUGUGCUGCGCUGGUAGGCCAGGAGCAGUGCACGCUGAUGGCAGAGACCCACACAGCCCUACUGAAGGCCAUCCUGCGUGAGGAAGACACCUCCAACACCACGUUCGGUCCUGCUGACCUCAAGGACAGCGUCAACUCCACCCUCUACUUCAUUGAUGGUAUGACGUGGCCCGAGGUGGUCCGUGCCUACUGCGAGAGCGACCAGGAGUACCAYCAUGUCCUGYCCUACCAGGAGGUGGAGGACUACCCCUACGGCCCUCUGGACAGUAAGAUCAAGGUGCUGCAGUUCUUGGUGGAUCAGUUCCUCACCACCAACAUCGCCCGYGAGGAGUUGAUGUCAGAGGGGGUGGUGCAGUAUGAUGACCACUGCAGGGUGUGCCACAGRUUGGGGGACCUGYUGUGCUGUGAGACCUGCUCUGCMGUCUACCAYCUGGAGUGUGUGAAGCCGCCGCUGGUGGAGGUGCCGGAGGACGAAUGGCAGUGUGAGAUCUGCGUGGCACACAAGGUGCCCGGGGUCACAGACUGUGUGACAGAGAUGCAGAAGAGCAAACCCUACAUCCGCCAGGAGCCCAUCGGCUACGACCGCCACCGGAGGCAAUACUGGUUCCUAAACCGAAGGAUAAUUGUUGAGGAGGACGGGGAGCAUGAGAAGAAGAAGAUCUGGUACUACAGCACAAAGGUCCAGCUGGGAGAACUGAUAGAGUGUCUAGACAAGGAGUACUGGGAAAACGACCUGUGUGCCGUCCUCGAGGAGAUGAGAGAGGAGGUGCACACUCACAUGGACAUCACUGAGGACCUCACCAACAAGGCCCGCGGCAACAACAAGGCCUUCCUCACGGCAGCCAACGAUGAGAUCCUGGAGCGUGUGCAGAGGCAGGAACGGCGAGCAGCGGAGCAGGCAGAGAAGGCCACUACAGACACCACCAAGAUAGAGGAAGAGACCCCCACACACUGCUCUCCACUACCAGACCACAGAGAGCUCCAAGACCCCGAGUAUAAAGAGGACGCAAGCUCACAAGGGAAGACUGGAGUUGCUCUUCUAUCAGUUGCAGCUCCCCCUGCUGGAGAAGAGAACACCACCGUCCACCUCCCUAAGCCUGGCUCGUCCACCCAGGACGGCACUCUCCCUAGACAUGAACCCCCUAAGCCUGCUGAGGUGUCCUGCUCUGCCGUCUCUGAGAGCAGGGAGAGUGGGGAGGCCUCCAUGGAGCCUGAGCAGGAGAGGCCAGAUGAUAAGCCUGUAGACUCAGAGUCCCGUGGAGAGGAGGACCCCUCUGCCCAGUGCCAGCCUACUCCUGCACCACAACACCCUGGAGACGAGAACAGCAACAGCAGCCACGUCUCAGCGCCUGGGGUCCUCAGGAGGCCUGAAGAGCCAAACCUCGCUGACAGGUCCUCUCAAUCCUCCAUCACCAGCCAGGACGACACGGGUGAAGGCAAGGAGAGUGGGAAUGGUGAGUGGUCAGUGUCUGGACGGACUAACAAUCGCAUAGUGACUCGUCUGCGUAACCCGGACAGCAAGCUGAGCCAGCAGAAGACCCAGGGAGAUGGCAGCCCUACACCCAGGGACAGCAAGGAGACAUCUCCCAGCUCUGAGAGUGAAGUGGCUCGUCUGGCUACUGUGAAGAAAGAAUUGACGGUGAAGGGCAACCUGAACAACUUCUUCAAGCUGGGCCAGGAGGGCAAGUUCCGAGUCUACCACAACCAGUUCAGCACCAACACACUGGGCCUCAACAAGCACCAGCAUCGUGAGGACCACGACAAGCGCCGCCACCUSUCCCAUAAGUUCAGCCUAACMCCCGCCGGGGAUUUYAAGUGGAACGGCUCCAUCCACGGCUCCAAGGUGCUGACCAUMUCCACCCUGCGGCUCACCAUCAUCCAGCUGGAGACCAAUGUCCCCGCCCCCUUCCUGCACCCAAACUGGGCCUCGCACAGGACAAACUGGAUUAAAGCGGUGCAGAUGUGCAGUAAGGCUCGGGAGUUUGCCUUGGCGCUGGCCAUCAUGGAGUGUGCCAUCAAACCAGUGGUCAUGCUGCCUGUCUGGAAAGAUGCRCUUGGACACACCAGGCUCCAUCGCAUGACCUCCAUGGAGCGGGAGGAGAAAGAGAAGGGGAAAAAGAGAGAGAAAAAACUGGAGGAUGAGGAGACUAUGCAGCAGGCCACCUGGGUGAAGUACACCAUCCCCAUCAAACACCAGGUGUGGAAGCAGAAGGGGGAGGAGUACAGAGUAACUGGGUAYGGGGGCUGGAGCUGGGUCAGUAAGACUCACGUCCAUCGCUUUGUUCCCAGGCUACCAGGGAACACCAACGUCAACUACCGCAAAGCACUCGAAGCAGCUAAAACUGGCAAAGAAAAUGCAACAUCCGGCCCAAACAAACUAAAAUGUUUGCCCAAAGCACCAACAAGCACGGAAACCCAGGCAAAAGAAGAGUCUACUCCAAUUACUGAAGAAAAAGACAAGGAGGAAACCUCCACCAUGGAGUCAUCUGGGAGCACUUCACCAGGAGAGGGGCAGACUCUGAAAGAGAAGGAAGAGAAAAAUAUCACAGAGAMGGUGGAGGAGAAGAAAGAUGAUCAGGUGGAGGAGAAGACWGAGGACAAGAUGGAUGUUGACYCYAGUCCACCAGACACCUGUCUCAGUGAGGAAAAAGAUAUAGUGGACAGCAAAUGCCCCCCAUCACUGACUGAUCCUGCUGUGAAGGAGGAGCCCGGGGAGGAAGAAGAACCUAAGCAGGAGGACUCUGAGGCCAAGCCACCUGUCCGCCCAUUCAACUGGGAUGUGGUGAACGUCAGCGAGGGCUUCCAGCUCCGUACGGCCUACAAGAAGAAGGUGAAGACGUCCAAGCUCGACGGGCUGCUGGAGCGCAGAGUGAAACAGUUCACCCUGGAGGAGAAGCAGAGGCUAGAGCGCCUCAAACAGCAGUCAGCCCUGGCCAAACACACAGUCUCCAAGGAGAAAGUUAAUACAGGGACUCCCACCACCAUCAAGACUGAAGCUUCUACAGCAGACAAGUUAGCAGUGACACCGUGCACUAGUCUGAAAGCUGAGGGACAAGCAGACUCAGUAGUUAAAGACACAAUUGUUAAAAGGCUUGACUUUGACCAGGAGCAGCCAGUGAAAUCCCAGCCCUCAGGAGAGACAGAUAAUCUAGACGUCAGAUUAGGCGCCACCUGUAAACCCCAGGCAGCAGGAGCCACAGGCCCCAACCUCAACACCACAGGUUUGGCCAACCAUGAGAGCAGCGUUCAGGGCAAUGGUGGGGAUGCGUUAUCUCAAACAGAGCUGAAUGGAGGCGCCCAGAAAAGCAUAGACCUCAACAACACAGUCAAUUUGACAUCUGUAGAAUCGGCUUUAGGUGCGGCUAAACCUCCCAGAGCAGAAGUGACGAUAGCAGGAGAAAACGGUAGGAAGCAAGGUUAUGAGGAGACAGAGCAAGGUAAUGGACAGAGGGAGAUAGAAAGCAUGGACGUAGAUCAAAGCAAACAACAUUUAGUGCAGGUGAACGGGAAAGACGCUGUUGACACCAAGGCUCCUGUAGACUCAAAGAUGCACUUAGACCUGGCCAACAAUGUGGACACCAAGGUCAUGCUCCAGACGUUAGAGGGUGAGAUCAAAACACUGCCAGUGAAGGAGCCUGUAAAAUCCAUUAUGAACGGUACUCUCUCUCAGGAAGGGUUAAAGGUCAACAACACUGUGUUAGCCACCAGCCCAGCCUUGGCGGACGUAGCGAGAAAGGUUGUGGUGUCCGAGCCUGACUAUCUGCCACCUCAGAAGGUUGCCAGACUGGAGAAUAAUGGCGACAGGGUGGCAGACUCCGUCACGUCGUCAAUGUUAGGGCCUCCCACUGGUGUUCCCACGGUAAGCAACAGCACCAAGUCUGAGCCAAUGGAGAUUGGGCAGACGGCAUCCAAUAAGAUCACCCCAUUUCCUAUCCCCACUGCAGAGGAGUCCAGCUUGAGUAACAACACCACAGAGAACAGCAGUAGCAGUACUGGGGUGCUGAAGACCAUCACCCAAGUCACCACAACCACUACUACCACCAUGUCAACAGAGUCUCGCACGGUGCAGAUAGCCGAGGUCUCCAGCAGCACUAAGCCUACAGUGACGCCUGCUGCAGAGAGCAGUGCUGUGUCCACCCUCACCACCAUGACCAAGACCACCGUCACCAGGGUCAGCUCCCCGACCCUCGGGGCCGCCGUCUCCGAGGAGACCAAGACUGUUGUCACUUCAACGUUGACAGAUGCCAAAUCUGGCCCCUCAGGCUCUUCAGUCACCUCCAUGACAGUCAGUAAGGAGUACUCCACCAGUGACCGUGUCCGGCUGCUAAAGUUCUCCCGCUCCAAGAAGACCCGCUCUGGCACGGCCCUCCCCUCUUACCGCAAGUUUGUCACCAAGAGUAGCAAGAAGAGCAUCUUUGUACUGCCUAAUGAUGACCUGAAGAAGCUGGCGAGGAGAGGGGGCAUCAGAGAGGUACCCAUCUUCAACUACAACGCCAAGCCAGCCCUGGACAUCUGGCCCUAUCCCUCCCCCAGACCCACCUUUGGAAUCACGUGGAGAUACCGUCUCCAGACUGUGAAGUCUCUGGCGGGGGUCAGUCUGAUGCUGCGGCUGCUCUGGGCCUGCCUGAGGUGGGAUGACAUGGCUGUCAAGCCCUCCCCUGCUGUAGGAACCACCCGCACAGAAUCCUCGGAGACGGCAAUCACCACAACAGAGAUCAUCAAGCGGCGAGAUGUGGGGCCGCACGGCAUCCGGUCUGAAUACUGCAUCAGGAAGAUCAUCUGCCCCGUUGGCGUUACCGAUGCUCCCAAAGAAACUCCCACUCCCCAGAGAAAAGGCCUGCGCUCCAGCGCUCUGAGGCCAAAGAAGCCUGAGCCGGCCAAGCAGACUGGACCAAUCGUCUUAGAGACGUGGGUGGCCGAGGAGGAGCUGGAGAUCUGGGAGAUCAGAGCCUUUUCAGAAAGGGUAGAGAGGGAGAAGGCCCAGGCUGCAGACCAGGCUAAGAAACGGUUGGAGCAACAGAAGCCUGGUGCCACCACCUCUACCUCCACCCCCACCAGCACCCCUACAACCUCAGCCUCUGGCACUCCGGCAUCCCUGACCAGCCAGGUCACCCCGGGGACUAAACUGGUCCUGGCCACCAAGCUGGGGACACCUGUCACAUUCCAGCAGAACAAGAACUUCCAUCAGUCGUUUGCUUCCUGGGUCAAGCAGGGCCAGGGUAGUCCAGGUAUGGUGCAAGUCCAGCAGAAUGUCCUGGGCAUUAUUCCAUCCAGUACCCCAGGCAACCAGCGGACCUACUCCUCAUUCCAGAACCGCAAYGCAACCAUCAACAUCAGACCCAACACCUCCACCUCAACCACCACUCAGCCGGUCAUUKCCACCGGAGCCCAGAUCCGUCCGGGCAUGWCGGUGAUCCGAUCRCCCCUGCAGCAGGGCACCACCAUGGGCAAAACCAUCAUCAGAACCCCCUUGAUGAUGCAACAAGGUAUUCUACCACAGCAGGUGGUGACUCAGAUCAUCCGGGGCCAACCUGUCUCCACAGCMRUUUCCAGUGCCAGCCCUGUGCAGACCAGCGCAGGCCAGAGGAUGCUGGGUGCCGCCCCGUCCCCCYGUCCUGUCACCCCUGCCYCCGGGCAGUCCCCAUCACCAUCCACCCCCCAAGGCGGCCGACCACAGCAGGGCCAGGUCAAACUCACCCUGGCCCAGCUCACCCAGCUAACGCAGGGGGCACAGGGAGGGAACCAGGGUCUCACAGUAGUAAUCCAGGGACAGGGCCAGACCACAGGCCAGCUGCAGGUCAUCCCCCAGGGGGUGACAGUCAUCCCAGGCCCUGGGCAGCAGCUCAUGCAGGCUGCCAUGCCCAACGGCCAGGUGCAGCGCUUCCUCUUCACCCCAGGGGCAACAGCCCAUGUCCCCAACCCCGCCACCACGACCAGUGCUGUUGUCACCCCCGUCACAGCCACCACAACAACACCCUCAGGGCCAGCACUGUCUCAGCCUCCGGUUCAGACUCCCGCCACCUCUCAAGCACCGGCACCACCAGUCCAGCCCCCUCAACAGGCUAUCGCUCGUGUCCAGCCCCCUCAACAGGCUAUCGCUCCAGUCCAGCCCCCUCAACAGGCUAUCGCUCCAGUCCAGCCUCCUCAACAGGCUAUCGCUCCUGUCCAGCCUCCUCAACAGGCUAUCGCUCCAGUCCAGCCCCUGCCCUCCGUUCCUGCCCCCCUCAGUGUCCACACUCAGACUCAACCCCCUCAGAUCAAGUCCACAUCCCCCUCCAGUCCCCACUGCUUACCCAUCCAGCAGAUAGCCCAGAUCCCAACUCUCCACAACCGGUCCAUAUAAGACUCUCUCGGUCUCCCCUCUUUGUCACCCAGGCCAGCAGUGAGGCCUAUCCAGGCCCAUGCUCAACUCCAGCCCCAGGUUCCGGCUCAGAUCAGGCCCCAGCAGCAGCUGCAGCUCCACCACCAACACCAGCUGAUCACAGUGCCGGGGCUGCAGCAGCAGGUCCAGGUGCUGGGCACCAUCCAGACCCACGUUGCGGCCCAGCUCCAGGCCCAGCAGGGUGGGGUGGUGCCCCAGCAGAUCAAGCUGCAGCUGCCUAUCCAGAUCCAGCAGGCAGGAGGCCAGGUGCAGGCCCACCAGAUCCAGAACGUGGUGACCAUCCAGACGGCCAGCGUGCAGGAACACCUGCAGAGGAUCCAGCAGCUCAGAGAGCAGCAGCAGAAGAAGAAGCAGCAGGAGGCCAAAAGGGAGCAGAGCCUGCAGGCCUCCAGCCCCAGCGACAUCAUCCAGAAACAGGUGGUGAUGAAGCAGAAUGCUGUGAUAGAAAAUCUGAAACAGAGGAAGACCAUGACUCCAGCAGAGCGGGAGGAGAACCAGAGAAUAAUCGUCUGCAACCAGGUUAUGAAGUUCAUCCUGGACAAGAUCGACAAGGAUGAGAAGCAGGCGGCUAAGAAGAGGAAGAAGGAGGAGUCUGUGGAGCAGAAACGCAGCAAGCAGAAUGCCRCCAAGCUCUCGGCUCUGCUCUUCAAGCACAAAGAGCAGCUCAAGGCUGAGAUCCUGAAGAAGAGGGCUCUACUGGACAAGGAGCUGCAGCUGGAGGUUCAGGAGGAGCUGAGGAGGGACAUCAGCAGGCUGAGGAAGGAGAAGGAGAAGGCCCAAGCUGCAGCCUCUCAGGCAGCUGCUGCUGCAGCCGCAGCCCAGGUGGCCUCAUCCCUCUCCCCCACCAUGGCCUCGCCCUCCUCCGCCCACAAACGCAAGAGGGACGACGAGAGGGACUCGUCCUCCGCCAAGCCCAAGAAGAAGAAGAUGAUAUCCACUACCUCAAAGGAUCACAAGAAGGAAGUGAAGCUGUACUGUGUCUGUAAAACGCCCUAUGACGAGGACAAGUUCUACAUUGGGUGCGACCUGUGCUCCAACUGGUUCCACGGUGCGUGUGUGGGCAUCACGGAGAAGGAGGCCAAGAAGAUGGAYGACUACGUCUGUAAUGGCUGCAAGCAGGGCCAGGACUCACAGGACUCAGAGGGCACCACGGAGGAGCUGUACUGCAUCUGCCGGACGCCAUAUGAUGAAACACAGUUUUACAUUGGCUGCGACCGUUGCCAGAAUUGGUACCACGGGCGCUGUGUGGGCAUUCUGCAGAGUGAGGCCACCCACAUAGACGAGUACGUGUGCCCGCAGUGUCAAUCCACGGAGGACGCCAUGACGGUCCUCACACCGUUAACCGACAAGGACUACGAGGGUUUAAGAAGAAUCCUGCGCUCCUUACAGGCUCACAAAAUGGCGUGGCCGUUCCUUGAACCAGUAGAUCCCAACGAUGCUCCUGAUUAUUAUGGYGUUAUAAAGGAACCGAUGGACCUCUCCACAAUGGAAGACAGAUUACAGAAACGGUAUUACAACAAGCUCACUGAGUUUGUGGCGGACAUGACCAAAGUCUUUGACAACUGCCGCUACUACAACCCCAACGACUCCCCCUUCUUUCAGUGUGCCGAAGUUCUGGAGUCAUUCUUUGUACAGAAGCUCAAAKGUUUCAAAGCUAGCAGGUCUCAUAACAACAAACUACAGACUUCGACCUCUUAGUAUAUACCACAUAUUUGAACAACAAAAAAAUGCACUCUGUGAGAAUUGGGAUAAAUUCUGAACAAUUAAUCCAUGUUGGGACCUGGCUCCUGUGCUUUGUGACCUCCACUCCCUCCUUCUGGCCCCACUACGCAGCCCCCAAAGGAAGACUCUCCCUGUAAGACCAGCAGCGCUGCUCCCACCGAACUGUCAGGUGGAGCUGCUGCCUGCCCACCUCUGCCACAUGGACAUUUUAAAAUGGAGGGUUUGAAUAAAGGCAUUUCUGAAAAAGGUUACCUUGAAGAAAAUACUUUCUUUGGAGAUCUCACGUUUCCUUGUUCGUUCUUCUUGAUUUGAUUCUUUGUUACCCCUCUAGCCAGUUGAAGAAAUUAAGAAAAGCUUACGCUUCCAUGGCCAUGCCCAUAACAAAAAAAAACAUUUGACGCCUGUUUGAACGUUGAAAAAUGUUGAGCUGAGUUGCACUCAGUGUAUCAGAUUGCACAGUGCACUUAUGUGUGUCUAUACCCUUUCAAUCACUUUAUUAGAGGUGGUGUGAAAGAUGCAUCUCAUUGGGAAGGACUUGCUUGAGUUUGGACCUACUAGCUUUCUGGACACUAACAGUUUGAGUUUCAGUCAAGCUAUGCUGAAAGGAAUAAAGUAUUUGGUACUAAUUGCCUGGCAGUAAUGACACUGCUAAGGAUAAAAACAACAUGUAUUUGAAGGUAUCCUGCCCUGUUUGUAAAACUUGUCAGAUUUUGAAUUUUUGUUUUUGUAUUACAGCUGAAGAGAUUGAUGUAUAUGAAACAUAAUAAAUGGAGAAGACUGAGCUCUCUUCCACUACUGAAA